AUGGUGAUGGAAAGUUCUGCUGCCUUCAUUGCGCUUACGCAACAGCCCAGGGGCCGAACCUUCGAAAACACAUCGGAAGACCAACUGCGCGAAGAGAGCGAGCUGCCCCAAAACAAUUACUCUGCCAGGGCUAAGCCAGGUCCCAGCGCUCAACCAAGGACACAUCUUAACGAAGACUCAGGCAUGACUAUCUGGGAUCAUAUCGAGAAUAGUGCGGCGACUUUUGACAGUUUGGACGAAGAGUUGAUUCGAAAGACAAAUACUGAGCUUUUGCUCCUAGAAGGCGCCGACAGCUUCCAGGACUACGCUGAGGCCAAGCAAGAGAUCAUGGCUUACAAUUGGCGACGUAUGUGCCAGUACUCGUCGCCACCCUCAAUGGAAUGUUCGUGA